GAAGCCGAAACCGGGCAACCACCACUCCGUUCUUCUCUCUACCGAGUUCCGGCGAACCUUCAGUCGCCGGCUGUUUCAAAGGUGUAGCAACCUGAGUUGACUUCUAUCUCCGGCGCUUAUCAAGAUUAACGAAAGACCUAAUGGAGGCAGUGGUGAUUGAUGCUGGCUCUAAGCUCUUAAAAGCAGGGUUUGCAAUUCCUGAUCAAGCUCCUUCCAUGAUAAUUCCAACUCAAAUGAAAAUCAUGAAUGAAGAUGGGUCCUUGCCUGACUCUCCAUCGCUUCAGGCUAACAAUGUUGAUCCAGUUGUACGAGGUUUUGUUAAAGAUUGGGAUGCUAUGGAGGAUCUACUGCACCAUGUACUUUACAACGGUCUAGGAUGGGAAAUUGGUAACGAGGGACAAAUUUUAUUUGCAGAUCCACUUUUAACCCCCAAGGCCGUCAGAGAACAGUUGGUGCAGUUGAUGUUUGAAACAUUUAAUAUCUCAGGCUUCUAUGCUUCAGAGCAAGCAGUGUUAUCUCUCUAUGCUGUAGGACGUAUUUCAGGGUGCACUGUUGAUAUCGGUCAUGGAAAAAUAGAUAUUGCUCCAGUAAUUGAAGGUGCGGUUCAGCAUGUAGCUUCAAGAAGAUUAGAAAUCGGAGGUGCUGAUUUGACCAAGCUGUUUGCACAAGAGCUUGCAAAGUCCAAUCCACAACUAAAACUUGAUGUGUCAGAAAUUGAGAGACUAAAAGAGCAGUAUGCAUGCUGUGCAGAGGAUGAUCUUGCUUAUGAGAAGACACUAAAAUCAUGCCAGGAGGAGCAGCAUACUUUGCCUGAUGGCCAGGUGAUUUCUAUUAAAAGAGAAAGGUUUACAGUCGGAGAGGCAUUGUUCCAACCAUCUAUCUUGGGUUUAGAGACCCAUGGUAUCGUUGAGCAGCUUGUUCGGAUUAUCUCAACAGUAUCAUCUGAGAACCAUCGUCAGCUACUGGAGAACACUGUUCUGUGUGGUGGAACAGCUUCCAUGGCAGGUUUUGAAGAUAGGUUCCAGAGGGAAGCUAGUCUUUGCUCAUCUUCAAUUCGUCCUUCUUUGGUAAAGGCUCCGGAAUACAUGCCAGAGAACUUAUCCAUGUAUUCGGCAUGGGUAGGAGGUGCCAUACUUGCGAAGGUCGUGUUUCCUCAGAAUCAACAUAUAACCAAGGCAGAUUAUGAUGAAUCCGGCCCAUCUGUCGUUCACCGGAAAUGCUUCUGAGGAUGUGGUGAAGCCUAAAGAAGGUAAGUUUGGCUUCUUGUAUCCUACUCAUGAGACUUAACCAGAUUAUUAGUCAAGAGUUUGGUCAACCAUAGUAAAUAUGAACAUUUGCUAACUAGUGAAACCCAAUUGUUGUAGCUGGGAGUUCCCAUGAGUGGUAAAUUAUACAAUUUCUCUAUCUUCAAUUUGCUCCCUUAAGACAUCUUUCCCACAUCAAGUAGUUUUAGGGUUUGUUUGUAAGCAGCUUAAUGAGACCUAGCUUAUUCUAUCAACUAUACAUGACCAUUUGACAGUGGCUUAAUGA